GUGCACCAUGAACCUCCUCCGCUUCUGCCUCUGGCUGUGGCUGGGAGCCAUCUUGGCACAUGGGCAGGGACAAGGUAAGAGAAGGGUCCAGGGGCAGUGCCCUCCCCCGACAGGAUGAGCCCUCUGCCGGGCUCUUGCCUUCCCUUGUAGCCCAGAACACGGAGGACUAGAUGCCUGCCUACAGCAGCAGACGGGAUGGGGCAGAGGGAGAGCGGUGGUUCCCGAGCAGUCCUCCCACAGCUUUUGGCCUGACCCUUGGCCUUGCAGCCUUUCCUUCUGUUGUGCUCAGUUACUGCACAGACACCUCUCCCAUCUGGAGCAGAGCAGAGCAGGGAAAGCGUGGCUCCUGUUUGCCACUGCUGCCUGCGCUCACAGGGUGGGGCUGCCCAGCUCUGUGGCGGGGAAGAUCUGUGCUGAGACUUCGCCCUGGUGAGGAACUGUGCUCAGGUGGACCCUGGUGAGGGGUCUUUCUGUGGAGGGGAGAGAGGCUCACCGUUCAUGCUGUGACCUGGCUGCCUGGGCUAGGCAUAUGUGGCCCUUUCUGGCAUACCUGGGCUUUCACGGAGGGGGUUUUGUUCUUGGUAGCAUCUCAUCCCUGUCUGAAUCUGUGUGUCUGGGUCACCACCAGGACUGGUGCUGCCUGGGUGAAGAGUGCCUCUUCCCACCACGCAGCCCUCAGAGCCUGGGGCCUUGGGCCUAGGUCUGGCCUGGAGCCCCGGCAGGCUGCUCUGUCUCCAGCCUGUCCCCAUCUGCCUGCCACUGAGGCAGGCCCCUUGCCUCAGGAUAACCUGAAAUGGGAUGGCAGGUUGAGAUUUCACAAAGAAAGAAGCCACCAUUGGCAAUUUGAGCUGAGUCACACUGAUUCUACAACAGGCAGAGGCAAAUGUAUCCACUCCCGGUCAGGGUGCAGCACGCUAUGGGCCGCCAUGCACAGCUGCCCACUGGGUCUGUGGAGCCUCCAAGAAGGGCUGGAGUGGGCCGAUGGCCCUGUGAGGUGGCCGCCUGAAGCUGGCUGUGCUGCCCGAGGACCGGCUGCAGAUGAAGUGGAGAGAACCGCAGGGGGGCGGCCUCGGCUACCUGGUGCAGGUGAAGCCCAUAGCAGGGGACUCAGAGCAGGAAGUGAUGCUGACCACCAAGACCCCCAAGGCCACCGUGGGGGGCCUGAGCCCCUCCAAGGGCUACGUCUUGCAGAUAUUUGAGCUCACUGGCUCCGAGCCCAUCCUGCUGGUGCGGAGGGAGUUUGUGAUCAAGGAUCUGAAGAGUAAUGCCCUGGGCAGGAACGGCCAGAGGCCUAUGGGGGCAGCCCUGAUGCCCACACCCUUCCAUGUGGGUGGCCCGGACCCUAAGCAGACCCCCGAGCCCAGAAUCGCCUUUGUCCCCAGCCAACAGCCGCCCACUCUUGGGGGAUCGGAGAGGGGCGUGUCCAGCCCAGAUCGGGAGCAGCCGGAGCAGCCCCGAGGCUCUGGGGUACGUGAGCCCACUCAGCUGACCCCGGGCCUGACAGGGAGGAGCCAUACUGUGGCCCCCACGAGAGGUGGAGAGGCACCAGCUGGACCCCAGUUCCGCUGCACACCCCCGACGCCCACUGACAUGGUCUUCCUGGUGGACGGGUCCUGGAGCAUCGGCCACAGCCACUUCCAGCUGGUCAAAGACUUCCUGGCCAGCAUCAUCUCACCCUUUGAGAUCGGGCCAGAUCAAGUCCAAGUAGGCCUGACUCAGUACAGUGGAGACCCCCAGACAGAGUGGGACCUGAACUCCUUCCGCACCAGGGAGGAGGUGCUGGCCGCUGUGCGCAGCCUUCGCUACAAGGGAGGAAACACAUUCACAGGCCUCGCCCUGAGCCAUGUGCUGGGGCACAACCUGAGCCCUGCGGCGGGUCUCCGUCCGGAGGCAGCCCACCUGGUGAUCCUGGUGACGGAUGGCAAGUCCCAGGACGAUGUGCACGUGGCUGCGCACACCCUGGAGGGCCUGGACGUCGACGUCUUCACUGUGGGCGUGAAGAAUGCCGAUGAGGCUGAGCUGAGGCUCCUGGCAUCAGAGCCGCAGGACAUCACCGUCCACAACGUGCUGGACUUCCCCCAGCUGGCUGCCCUGUCUGGUCUGCUCAGCCGCCUCAUCUGCCAGAAGGUCCAGGGCCGGAGUCUGAGCAGGGCCCCCGCCACAGGGGCCCCAGCUGCUCCAGCUCUGGACACCCUCCCUGCACCCACCAGCCUGGUUGUGAGCCAGAUCACCUCCUCUAGCAUCCGCCUGUCCUGGUCGCCGGCCCCUCAGCCGCCCCUCAAGUAUCUCAUCGUGUGGCGGCCUUCCAGGGGUGGUGUCCACCACGAGGUGGUGUUGGAGGGGCCUGCAGCAUCCGCGGAGCUUCGGAACCUGAGCUCCAGCACCGAGUACUCGGUGUCUGUGCUCCCUGUCUAUGAGGGCGGGGUUGGCGAGGGCCUGCAGGGACUGGUGACCACAGCGCCCCUCCCUCCACCCCGGGCACUGACCCUGGCUGCAGUGACACCCAGGACCCUCCGCCUCACCUGGCAGUCCUCGGCCGGGGCCAGGAAGUACCUGGUGCGGUGCUCACCAGCCUCCCCCAAGGGUGGGGAGAAGGGAAGAGAGGUGCAGGUGGGGCAGCCUGAGGUGCUGCUGGAUGGCCUGGAGCCAGGCAGGGACUAUGUGGUCUCGGUGCAAAGCCUUCGAGGGCCAGAGGCCAGCGAGGCCCGGGGUGUCCACGCCAGAACCCCUGCCCUGGCCCCCGCAAGACACCUGGGCUUCUCGGACGUGAGCCACGACUCAGCCCGUGUGACCUGGGAGGGCACUCAACGGCCCACACACCUCGUCAGGGUCAGCUACGUCUCCAGCGAUGGUGGCCACACGGGACAGAAAGAGGCCCCUGGGAAUGCCACCUCAGCCACUCUGGGCCCCCUCUUGUCCUCCACCACGUACACUGUCCGAGUCACCACCCUCCACGUCGGAGGCAGCCCCUCCACACUGACGGGCCGCGUGACCACAGGGAAAGCGCCCAGCCCAAGCCAGCUGUCUGUGGCAGAACUGCCAGGGGACACCGUCAGGCUGACGUGGGCAGCUGCAGCCCCGUCCAGCGUGCUUGUCUACCAGAUCAAGUGGACUCCCCUGGGAGAGGGGAAGGCCCACGAGAUCUCUGUCCCAGGCACUCUCAACACUGCAGUCCUGCCUGGCCUGGGGAGGCACACGGAAUACGAGAUCACUAUCCUGGCCUACUAUAGAGAUGGGGCCCGCAGUGACCCUGUGUCCCUCCACUACACCCCCUCUGCAGUGAGCAGGAGCCCCCCUUCAGGCCUGACCCUGUCCUUGGAGACCCCCAACAGCCUGCAAGUCAGCUGGACACCCCCAAGUGGCCCCGUUCUUCACUACCGGCUCAGCUACGCACCAGCCUCAGGCUUGGGACCUGAAAAAUCAAUCUCUGUGCCAGGCCACAGAAGCCAUGUCACACUCCCUGACCUACUGGCUGCCACCAAGUACAGCGUCCAGGUCUCAGCUGUCUACGGAGUAGGGGAGAGCGUGGCUGUGUCUGCCAUAGGCCGAACAGCAGCCUGCCCAGCCCUUCGCUGGAACGGAUCCCUUCCAGGGUUUGACCUCAUGCUGGCCUUCGGCCUGGUGGAGAAGGAGUAUGCCUCCAAUCGAGGUGUGGCCAUGGAGCCCUCGGCUUGGGGUGGGACCCCCACCUUCACACUCUUCAAGGAUGCUCAGCUGACACGGAGGGCCAGCGACGUCCACCCAGCCUCGCUCCCGCCCGAACACACCAUCGUCUUCCUUGUGCGCCUGCUCCCGGAGACGCCCCGCGAGGCCUUUGCGCUGUGGCAGAUGACGACGGAGGACUUCCAGCCUGUCCUCGGGGUUCUUCUGGACGCCAGCAGGAAGUCACUGACCUACUUCACCCACAACCCGAGGGCCGCCUUGCAGGAGGUCACCUUUGACCUGCAGGAGGUGAAGAAGAUUUUCUUCGGGAGCUUCCACAAGGUCCACGUGGCUGUGGGCCACGCCAAGGUCCGACUCUACGUGGACUGCCGGAAGGUGGCCGAGAGGCCCCUGGGAGAGGCUGGCAGGUCACCCAUCACUGGCUUUGUCACCCUGGGGAGGCUGGCCAAGGCUCGGGGCCCCCGGAGCAGCUCAGCCACGUUCCAGCUCCAGAUGCUGCAGAUCCUGUGCAGUGACACUUGGGCGGAUGAGGACAGGUGCUGUGAGCUCCCUGCAUCGAAGGACAAAGAGACGUGCCCAGCCUUCUCCCCUGCCUGUUCCUGUUCUUCUGAUAGCACUGGGCCCCCGGGGCCCCAAGGCCCUCCAGGCCUCCCAGGCAGGAACGGUGCCUCAGGACAGCAGGGCCUCCCAGGGCCCAAGGGAGAGCCAGGGCCACCAGGACAGACAGGACCAGAGGGCCCUGGGGGACAGCAGGGGUUGCCAGGGACCCAGGGCCGUGCAAUCCAAGGGCCUGUGGGUCCACCAGGGGUCAAAGGAGAGAAGGGCGACUACGGACUUCCAGGCUUGCAGGGCCAUCCUGGCCAGCAAGGCGCUCCGGGGAGAGUUGGCCUCCAGGGACCAAAGGGAAUGCGAGGACUAGAGGGGCCUGCUGGCCUGCCUGGACCCCCUGGCCCCCGGGGGUUCCAAGGCUUGGCGGGAGCCAGGGGCACCAGCGGGGAGCGAGGGCCCCCAGGGGCUGUGGGGCCAACGGGGCUGCCAGGACCCAAAGGGGAGCGAGGAGAGAAGGGGGAGCCUCAGUCCCUCGCUGCCAUCUUGCAGCUGGUGAGCCAGGCCUGCCAGUCGGCCAUCCAGGCACACCUGCUCAAGCUGGACUCCUUCCUCCAUGAGAACACCAGGCCUCCGAUGCCCAUCCUGGUGGAGAGAGCCGAGCCAGGCAGGCCUGGGCCCCUGGGGACCCCCAGUCUGCAAAGAAAGUCCUCACUUCCUGGAGAACAGCGACACAGGGUCUACCACCCUGAGCACCAAGGCCAGCCUGUAGCUGUCAGCCAGCUGGGCAGCCCUGGGCCGCAGGGGAGCCGGGCCCCAGCACCCCAGGAGGGACAGGACACACCCCGCGCUGCGUUGAGUGACCCUGGACCUUCCGUCCACACCUUCCCCAGGGCGUCUGGAGAGCCAAGAACGAGACCCCAGAAGAGUGAAGUGGGGGAGGGGUGAAGACACGCAGUGCGCCCGGCGUGUUCUGUAGCAGUUCCGAGUCAGAUAAAUCACCGAGGCUCAGUCAGCACCGGUGCCCGUCACUGCAGGGGCGGGCGUGUCCACACUGCUCACUGUUACUUCAGGCCUCACACAGAACACGG